GGAGGAGGAGAGAGAGCGAGCGUGAGAGAAGGGAGGGCGAGCGAUCAUCAUCGGGCAGGCAGCCUGGUACGCACGCACACGCGCACACAAGGAGGAAAAACCGAGAGAGAGACAAACGCACAGACGGCAACACCCAGGCGGCAAGCGCUUCAGUGAAUCCAAAACCGCUUCAGAUGGGGCCUGGAUUGUUGUGGAAGUUCUCCUCAAAGGCUUGCUGCACUGUUUCUCACAGCGUGCUGCAGACCAUGUUGCUCUCCAAGAUGGCUGGGAUGAAGGAGCAGCAGUUCACCGAGGAAAAACCCCUCCUGCCAGAACAGAAAGCAGGACAGGACUCUGACAUGCCGGAGCAUGGAGCUGAGGCUCAGUGCGCCAACGAGCCGCCCUCCGCCUCCCCUCCGCCCGCCGCCACCGCCGCCCCCGCCGCCCCAGCCCCCCCGCCCUCGGCCCGCCCCCACCGGUGGCACUCAUUCGCCCGCCGCUGGCUGCGUAUCACCCGCCAUCGCACCAGCGGGUACACCCCGGAAAACUGCGACACCUUUGUCUCUCCGGGAGACUGGAAGGAACAUGAUAUCGACACCCCCUAUGGCAUGCUCCACGUGGUCAUCCGGGGGGCACCCAAGGGGAACAAGCCUGCCAUCCUCACCUACCACGACGUGGGGCUCAACCACAAGCUGUGCUUCAACUCCUUCUUCCAGAAUGAGGACAUGCAGGAGAUCACAAAGCACUUUGUGGUGUGCCAUGUAGAUGCCCCAGGGCAGCAGAUUGGGGCCUCUCAGUUACCCCAGGGGUACCAAUAUCCCACCAUGGAUCAGCUGGCAGGCAUGCUACCCAGCGUGGUGCAGCACUUUGGAUUUAAGAGCAUUGUGGGAAUUGGAGUUGGGGCUGGUGCCUACAUUCUGGCCAAAUUUGCUCUGAUUUUCCCUGAUCUUGUGGAGGGUAUGGUUCUGCUGAACAUCGAUCCCAAUGGGAAGGGCUGGUUUGAUUGGGCAGCAAGUAAGAUAUCUGGACUCACCAGUGCUCUGCCAGAUACUGUCCUGCCCCACCUCUUCAGCCAGGAGGAGCUGGUGAGCAACACGGAGCUGGUGCAGAGCUACAGGCAGCAAAUCAACAACAACAUCAACCAGUUCAACCUGCAGCUCUUCUGGAACAUGUACAAUGGUCGUCGGGACCUGGAGAUGAACCGCACUGGGACAGUGUUGAACGCCAAAACCAUCAGGUGCCCAGUCAUGCUAGUUGUUGGUGACAAUGCCCCAGCAGAAGAAGGGGUGGUGGAGUGCAAUUCCAAGCUGGACCCCACUAACACCACCUUCCUGAAGAUGGCUGACUCCGGUGGCCUGCCCCAGCUCACACAGCCUGGAAAACUGACUGAAGCUUUCAAGUACUUCCUCCAGGGAAUGGGAUACAUUGCGUAUGUAAAGGAUCGAAGGUUGAGUGGAGGGCCAGUGCCCUCUGCCAGUAUGACGCGUCUGGCCCGCUCCAGGACAGCCUCUCUCACCAGCGCCAGCUCGAUGGAGGGGUCCCGCGGCCGUGCCUGCACCCACUCGGACAGCAGCGAGGGCGUCGGCCAGCUCAACCACACCAUGGAGGUCUCCUGCUGAGCAGCCGUGCGCUCGGACGGACGGACGGACGGACGGAGGGGCGCGAGGGACCGGGAGAGCCGCCGGCCGAACCCCCUACACCAGAGUCCGCCGGUUUGCUGGGGGGGCUUCCUGCUCUCUCUCUCUCUCUCUCUCUGCCCCUCGCUGUCUUUCCUUCUGGCUCUGUCACUUCUUCCUCUUUCCCAUCUCUCUCUCUAUCUCUCUCUCUCACUCUCUGUAAUUGUACACAGACCUUAUUGUCCCCAGAACUGAUGAAAAUGUUUUUUGAGAUGCCAUUUUCGAUAAUCCCUGCCCCUACCCCGUUCCCAUAGUUGUGUUCAAUAGUGACCCUCCCCCCAUCCCCCCAUGCCUGCUCCCCUACCCCUGAUGUGUCAGUCAUCUGUCGGAUCAUGGAAAGAGAUGUGGAGGGGGGGGGGGCAGGGCUGAUGGGUGGGGGUGAUGGGCGGGGCUGUUCAGGUGUCGGUAGCAGGUGUGUUCACAGGUGUUCCUCUCUCUCCUGGGAGCAAAGGCACAGCACGGCUCAAACAGGUGGAACGAUAGCGGGGAAGCGCUGUAUCCCAAUUCUCCAAAAAUGCAUCCUCCUCUCCUCCACUCGUCUCCUCCCCACAUACUUCCCAAUAGGGGGAGGAGACAGGCGAAGGAAAGAAGGAUACAGUUUGUUGAGGAUUGCGACACACCCCAGGUUGUGUGUGUGUGGAGUGGAGGAAGGGUGUGAGGCAAUUCCUGGUUGUGUCCGAGGCCUGUUGCGCAAUAGCAUGUAGCCCCACACCUGCCCUGGGAAAGGGCCGCCCCUUCUGACUGACACCUUCUCACCCAGACACCGUUUCAGGCAGAGUCACCAUCGUGCCGCUGAUGUAAACAUUGCUCUCCUUCUCCAACACAUUGAGGUUGAGAUUUGUGUGGCAAAGUCACUGUAAGCACAAGGGAGCUCCACUAGUUCAAGGUUUGCGAAGCCUAGUCUCACUGCCAGCAAAAAUAAGAGCAGAUAUACAGCCGUGUCACUGCCGUUGACUGGUCACUGCACUGAGCAUGCUCAGUUGAGGUUUAUAAUCAGAAAGGUUUAUAGUCAAAAAUGACGUGUUGGUAACCAACAAGUCAAGGGGGAGGAUGUGAUGUGAUUGAGGAACAGGACAGUGUGUGAGGUUUAUGGUAAGAGAGGUCUGCCAUCAGUAGGAGUUAUAUUUCAGCAGAAUCCGUAUGGGAACAAGGGCCUAAAGAUGAGACAUUCUCCAGCAACAAAACAUUGACUUCCACCCGCACAACAUCAUUUGACAUAAACCUCCACCCUAGUUUAAAAAAACAUCCACUAACAUUCAAAAGAACAUCCACAUACCGAGAACAUCCACAUACCAAGUGAAGAAAAAACAUCCACAAGCCUCCACCCAAGUUGUGAAGACAUCCACCUCCCUCCACCUGUAGAAAUCUCACCUCCACACGGCUCGAGCUCCCUGGUUUUGGGUCGGGGGCCGGCGGUACCGGGCGGCGGGUCUCCCCGGGGCCUUGUGGGUCCAGAGAGAUGCAGUUCUGCCGAGGAUCGGUCCACAUGGCUCUCCUCUCCGAUGACAAUCAUGUUCCCACUCAAACCAAACCGGGCCUGGGGGGCCGAGGCAGAACGGGCGGGGCCCCGUGGGGCCGGGCCGGGGCCGCACGGCACGGGGAGGCGGGGCGUUCCACGCAGGGAUCCUCCCCCCAGAGCACCCAGCCCUUAUCAUGACUAUACCAAAGCUACACACACAGACGGUGGCUGGGCACUGUGGGGGGAUGCGACCGCAAUGCGCACACAUACACACACACACACACACACACACACACACACAAUCACACACACACACUCACACACACAUACACACACACACUCACACUCACUCGCACACACACACACACUCACACACACACUCACACACAUAUACACACACACUCACACACACACACUCACACACACAUACACACACACACUCACACUCACUCGCACACACACACACACUCACACACAUAUACACACACACUCACACACACACACUCACACACACAUGCACACACACACUCACACUCACUCACACACACACACACAUACACACACUCACACACACACACACACACACACACACACUCACUCACUCACACACACACAUACACACUCACACACACAUACACACACGCAUACACACACACUCACACAUACACGCUCACUCACACACAUACGUACACACACAUACACAAACACACACACACACAAAGGAG